AUGUGUCUCGAAGCUGGCGUCCCUUGCGUUGCUCUUGACUCGGCCACCAACUCGUUUGCGCCACGCAGCAUUGCACGAUAUCUCGAGGCACGAAUCGCGGCUCUGGAGCGCCAGCCCGGCAGUGAUACAGCUCCAUCAUCGACUAGCAACAGCGUGGCCACGGGUCAACCCACAGCCGUAUCCAAUUCUACAACCGUAUACCCUACGACAUCAGCCAUUCCAGUGAUCGGAAAUGCCUUGCACGACAUCACCCCGUCUUUUCUCGGCCUCAUCGAGAACCUUGCGCUUCCUGGAUGUGCGGCAGCGCCAACCCAGAUCCCCUCAGCGAAGAGGUCUCUCGGCCUGACUGAUCUGGACGAAAAUCAUCCUCGGUCGAUCUUGAAUCAACCGCCAUCGCAUCUAUCGCUUAUGUCUGUGCCGACUUCGGUGGCAGAAUUCUUGUUCGACAUUUAA